AUGCAAAGAUUCAUGAACCCUCCUCGUCCGGCUGCUGCUUCACGAAAGCGUAAAGAGAGAUCAGACUCCAUUUUACAGAUCAAGCCGCCGCCGCUGCAGUCGGUUCAAACGGCGGCGUCUUCUAAUGGUGAUGUUUCUUCGUCGUCGACGGCUUCUAAUAGGCUUCUAGCCGGCUACAUGGCUUAUGAGUUCCUGAAAAGUGGUACGGUUCUAGGUCAGAAAUGGGAUCCUGCAAGCCGAGAUAAAGCCGAGAAGGAGCAGCCGAGGUGGCAAACCCAACAAAGCUAUGCUGAUGUGGCGAGGUUAAUGAAGGACGAUGAGGCUCAUGUUGCUGGAGUCGUUAAUCCGUCGCAGCUGGCUCGAUGGAUUCAGAUGUGA